AUGCCGGUUCCUCUCGCCUGUUGGCUGCUUAUCCGCCCCGCGCUGUUCACCUUGUAUGCCAUCGUCACAUAUCUAAUCGGGAUGUUUGACGGAAUGGAUAGCACGCCGGACACGUUUCUCGCACUCAUGCCGAUGAUUGCGCUGCUCCUUUUCGGGACUCAUCUGGACAUUCUCCAUGCUUGGAUGUUUUGGCGACGCCGGAAGUCGGAAGAGGAGCCGAAUGAAAAUCCGGUUGAAAAGAUGCCUGCGACAGAGAUGACCGAAGUCAUCGUGAUCGAUGCCGCGUCCUCCAGGAUCGUUACGUAUCCCUGA